AUGAUUGAAAGCAACCCUCAGGGCCCACCAGAGGACGGAUUGCAGAACAUCCCCAGGCCUCGACUCGGUCCCGUAUUGAGACAACAAGAGGAAAGUGACGGUUUUGAUGAUCCAAAUUCAUCCGAAAGAUUGACCGAAGUCCCCAUUGGCGAAUUUUAUCCUAGAUUCCGAGAUGAGAUUGUUUUCAUAGUGGAAUCCCAUUUGAUUGAGCAGGAGAGACAUUUGAAACCAACCACCAUGCGUGCCUACAGAAAAGCCGCGGAGGGUCUUACCAAAAGAAUCCUCACUGACAUCGACGAGCAUCGGAUCUGGGAGGCCAAAAUGAUCGAUGAGAUGAAUGAUACGAAAAACGCCCGUCGUGCGCUGCUAUGCCUGAGACCAGAUAAAUGGGAUUAUAAAGUUGACAUAUUGGAACUAAAUCUCACAACCAAUCUUCAUAUGGCAAACCGGAUGAGCCAGUGUUCAGACUUGUCUGCAGAGUUAUCCAACCUGCUCAUUGAGAAAAUAGACAUAUGUGUUGGUGAGCACCUCUCACAACUCAGAUUACUCUACAUGCGUGAGUUUCAGGGCGCCUGGUGGAAGUUUUACCGUAUGAUUGAAUUUGGGUUUCCUCGAUUGAGACAGACAGAUUAUGCCAUCUUCCAUGGCAUUUGGUUUCUCAUUGCUGGCUUCUUCCACGCCCUUUACUGGUUUGUCGCCCCUCUGUGGCUUGAGGAGGAUGAUAUUAAUUUCUUCACAGUGUUCUCCAUGCUUGAUAUAAUUGUUAAUUGUCUUAUGUUACCGUUUUCUAGUGGAAAGUUGGCCUUCUACCUUUGCUCAUUUCGCCCCAGUGUGAAACCAUUGUACGAGCAUGCGACAAAAAGUAUUGCGUGGGCUGAAGGGAACUGGCCAUCUUCAAGAUUUGGUUUUGAAUUCACAUGGUGCUUCUGGAAGAAGAGAAGUGAUGGAUUUGUUCCGCAGGUCGGACCAUAUACCGAUGUUGAAUACAAGGGAGGUAAGUAUGUUUUGAAACAGAACCUUCUGCGAAGAGUGUCAGUUUAG